UUCUCAAAACACUUUACCAAAACCGAACAUCGAACGAACUUCACUCCCCAACUUCAUUUCUUCAGUACUUCAACCAGAAAGAAAAAGAAGAUACUACUAAUAAUAAAACCCUAAAUCCCCAAAUCUAAUUCAACAAAACCCUAAUUUACCCCUCCGAUUCUCGCAUCUCCAUGGUGUGAAGUGCGAACUGGGGCGUAUUCAAUUGCUCCCACAAUCAGCGGUUUGAAGAAUGUCACAAAACGACCGCCCGGAGGCGCCGUCCCCGGCGACAGCUGCAAACGGCUCCCCGGCGGCGAAGGCGGAGAAUCCAGCUGCGAGGGCGUUGGUUUCUUCGAGCUUGAGGCUGAGGCUGAAUCCGAACAAGGAGCACAAAGCGGAGGAGUACGAAGACUUGCAAUUGGAGUACUGCCCAGCGGUUUUCACCGCGCUGGAGAGGUACCUUCCGCCGAACAUGCUCAAUGUUCGUCGCGAACACAAGGCCAAGUUCAUGCACGACAUUCUAGCCAAGUAUAUGCCCCGCGCAGAGCAGACCAGAAUACAAAAGCUAAGAGCAUACAGACUGAGGAUAAUAGCAAAUUAUCGGCCUCGUUUCCGAGAAUUGUAUACUCUGAAUCCUACGGCAUUCUUUGUCCCAGCAUUUCUGAAUGCAAUUAAUGAAAAUACAGAACAAAGCUUUAGAAGGAUAAUAUCCGAGCCUUCUCCAGGCAUCUUUAUAUUUCAAAUGCUACAACCACGCAUUUGUGAGUUAUUCCUCUCCGAGAUUGAAAAUGUUGAGAAGUUUGUAGCUGAAACAAAAUUCCGUAUCAUGCGUCCGAAUAUCAUGAAUAAGUAUGGCGUUGUGCUUGAUGACUUUGGCUUUGGACCAAUGCUUGAGAAACUUAUGGAAGGUUUUAUUCGACCACUGUCUCGAGUCUUGUUUCCCGAAAUUGGAUCAUCGCUGGAUUCUCAUCAUGGAUUUGUUGUUGAAUAUGGUAAAGAUAAAGCUGUUGACAUGGGUUUUCAUGUCGAUGACUCAGAAGUAACCUUAAAUGUUUGCCUGGGCAAGGAAUUUUCUGGAGGGGAAUUGUAUUUUCAGGGCACAAGAUGUGAGAAACAUGUAAAUACAUCAACCUAUACAGAGGAGUACUUUGACUAUUCCCAUAAACCUGGACGAGCUGUGCUUCAUCGAGGUCGCCAUCGCCGUGGUGCCAAAGCUACAACAUCUGGCCAUCGUGUCAACCUACUUCUGUGGUGCAGAAGCUCUGUCUUUAGAGAGGUGAAAAGGUAUCAAACCGAUUGCUCCAGCUGGUGUGGGGAGUGCAGUAAAGUGAAAAGGGAAAUGCAGUGCUCCCGGAUCACAUCUACCAAAUCGGAGUUGCUUGCAAAGGAAGGCGAAUCCACUUCGAAAUGAUUUGCAAUGUGAAUUGUUGUAAAAUGAUGCAACUGUUUUCAGUUGUCAAAGGCAAUGAACUUGUGAUUCAUGAUCCAGGAGUCUGUAAAAGUUAUCUCUGCUGGAUGAGGAUAAUUUUGUUGAAAUAAGCUUUGAUUUCUAACCCUGAUAAUAUCUUAUACUUAAGGUUAUUGUGCAUUGCAACAUCUAGUUUAAUUUAUAUAUACAUAUAUAUUAUGUAAUUAUUGUAUUUUAACUCAAUUUUCCCCCAUCAUUUUUCAUUUUUAAUAGAAGAGAUCCAGCAAUUGCCUGUUGCCUA